AUGAUCACCAUGUCGGUCCCUCACCUCGCUCUCCAUCGGGCCAUGGUCUGCUCCGGAGCGCUUUUUUUCAUCACCAGCGUCUGCUUCGGAACCAUGAUCCUUCUCAACCAGCCGACCGAUGACCCAGCCCCCGUCGCCACCGUCGAUGCUCCCGACGACGCCGCCGCCGCCGCCGCCGACCUCGACUUCGACCCUCUCCUCGCCCCUACCUUUGCCGACAUGCCCAUGUCCUACGGCGGCCACGGACGUCCACACUUUGAGAACCUGAAACCAAUCAGCGAUCUCCCCAGUCAGUUCGUGCCGACGGUGAAGAAUAAACGCAGGCUCAUCAUGAUUGGCGACAUCCACGGCAUGGACAAGGAGCUGGCCCAGCUCCUCGAUCGUGUCCGCUUCGACGAGGCGGCCGAUCACCUCGUCGCCGUAGGGGACAUGGUCACCAAAGGCCCCAGCUCUGCCGCCGUCGUCGACCGCCUCAUGGCCCUCAACGCCAGUGCCGUCCGCGGCAACCACGAGGACAAGGUCCUUCUCGUACGUGCCGAGCUCGAGGAGCGCAAGGGCGUCAGCGAAGCACUCGCCGGCGACAUCACUGACUUUGACCGCGGGGAAAAGCACCACGUGGACAUUGCCAACAACCUGACGCCCCGACACAUCGGCUGGCUCUCGGACCUGCCCGUCAUCCUCACCAUCAAACCCCUCUCCAUGUACGUCGUCCACGCAGGGCUCGUCCCCGGUGUCGACGUCGAUCGGCAGAAUCCUUGGGCCGUCAUGAACAUGCGUACCCUGGGCUACCCGCGCGAGGACAUCCGCCGGGAGGAGCAGGCGAGGCUUCAGCAGGGAUUGUCGGAAGUGCAGCCAUCACCGUCGAAGAGCAAACGCGCCGCCGAGGUCGACGUUGACCACGACCGCGACGUCGCCGUCCCCAUCGAGGACCACUCGGGCGAGCAUUGGCCCGACGCCUGGAAUCGCUGGCAGAAAAUGCUGCCCAAGGACAAGCGCCGCACCAUCAUCUACGGUCACGAUGCCAGGCGUGGCUACCUCGAGGACCUUCAUACCGUAGGCCUUGACACGGGGUGCGUUCGCGGCGGCGCCCUGACGGCCAUCAUCAUUGAGGGCACCAGAGGCGGCGGUUGGAAGCACCGACGAGAGCAGGUCUGGUGCUCAGAGCCGGCAUGA